AUGGAAAACAACAAUGAUGCUGACAAUCCACUCAUGGACACUAUUCUGACUCCAUUAUUCAACAGACCCAAUGCGAGCAUUGUCCAUCCUGAAGUGGGCAACAAUCGUUGGGAGCUCAAGUCCGAUAAUAUUCGACUGGUGGAGAGAGCUCAGUUUGUCUGGCUGAGACUAUUUCCUUUUGCUCUUAAAGGAAAGACUCUUAGUUGGUUGGAAAGGCAGCCUGCAGCAAGCAUCUCAACCUGGGAUGAUUUAUCACAGAAGUUCUUUGCUCAGUUCUUCUUGAUGGAGAAGUAUAACCAGAUGGUGAAUGAUAUCACCAAUUUCACUCAAUCAGAGGGUGAAUCAAUGUGUGAAGCAUGGAACCAGUUCAAGGACUUGAUGAGAAGGUGUCCUCAGUAUAACUUGACUGCUGGUAGUCAGAUUCGGAUGGUGCUAAAUGGUGCAGCAGGGGGCACUAUUAAAACUCUAAGAGAAAAUGAGACUCUUGAGUUGAUUGAGAGGAUGGCUGCCAACGAAAACCAAGCGCUGUCAUCCAAGCCUAAAAGAGGUAUCCUUAAACUGGAAGGCAAUGAUGUGGUGAUGGCUGAAAACAAUUUGUUAUCUCAGCAGGUAGCAAACUUGACAUCAAGGCCUGAUAAGAUGCAAUUUUCUAGCGUUCAAGCUCAAGCUGCAGCAGUUGUAUGUGAAUAUUGCAAGGAAGAUCAUGAAUCCAACGAAUGUCCUACUCUGCUAGCCGAUGAUCCUCCUCAGCGGGUACAUGUAAAUGGUGUAUGGUAUGAUAAGAGACCCUCACCACAAAAUGUUCCAAGAACUCAGAAUUUUCCUUCUGGGAACAAUAACUUCCAAAGGAGGGUGCAAGGUACUGGUCUUGACUUCAAGUCCAAUAACUAUUUGCAGCCACCGCCAGUUCAACCAAAAGAACCUUCUGAGUUAGAGAAGCUAGUGGGACAAAUGGCCCAACAUUCCAAUGCUUUUAUGGAAGAGACUCAGGCAAACACUAGAAACACACAAGCCUCUAUCAGAAAUUUGGAGAACCAGAUUGGCCAGAUAGCUAAACAAAUGGCCGAAAGAACUCCAGGCACUUUCCCUAGCAAUACAGUCACUAAUCCGAAGGAUGACUGUAUGGCUAUAACUACAAGAAGUGGCAAGGUGGUGGCAGCUCCAACAAAGCCAACCAUAAAUGCGGAAGCUACUGGAAAGGGUAAGGAGGUAGAGGAAGAAGUGGUUAUUCCUUCUGAUGUUGAGACACCUGUUCAAAAGGGUGAGGAAGAGGAGCCACAAAUAAUUGUUGCUUAG